AUGCCCACUGUUGCCGCCACCGCUACCGCUCACUUUCUUAAAUUCAGGAUGCAGUACUCCAGCAUUGCAAUGCUAUACUACGACUACCUGCUCACCUUUCCAGACGAGCUGCGCUAUAUUUGGCGCCUAGACUCGUUGAAACGUGUGUCGACCCUUCUCUACAUAUGUUGCCGCUACGCCAUCCCCGGAAAUCUCCUCUAUUUGCUUGCUGUUGCUGGCACUCUUGGAGGAGAAUGCAAUGCAUGGUAUCGGUUCGUCGCCGCACUCAGCGUUACAGGACGUGCAGCCAUCAUCACGAACGAUGUUCUUUCGAUUUUGAUUCCCGUUUACGAUGGCCUGGCUGCCGCAUUCACCGUCGUUCGAGGAAUUCAGUCUCUGAGGAGUAUGCGCGUUGGUGCCACGCGAGAAGAACUCCAAGAUACGCUACAGUACCUUCUGGUUGAGCAAGGUAUUCUCUAUUUCGUAGCGGUAUCGGCUAUCACAAUCACAGUGUCCGUGCUGGAUUUCCACACCCCGACAGCAGGAGCAGCCUUCCUCACUCGUCUCAACGCAUUCGCGGUCCCGCUGUCCGGUAUCCUUACGGCGCGUUUCCUUCUCCGCAUCCGCGCCGCCGACCGUGAGACAAACAUGAUGAACAGAACGAACGUAGAGGGUGGACUACCCUUGACUGCAAUCCGGUUCUCCGACCAUCAUCACCCUGCUGGUACCAGUACUGGCUCUGACGGUACUUGGCGAGCAGCCGUCGUGGGUAGUGUUGAGGGCACUCCAGGUGACGGUGGCUCUCGUUCCACUUUCCAAAGGGUAGUAGAAUCGGUCAUCGACGAGUUCGGAGACGAUCCCGUGAAGAGAACCAAAGAGUUGAGGGAGAUGACGUCGACCCUCACCGAGGAAGUCACUCCCGACAUUCUUCACCGUAGUCCCUCGCUUCCACGCACCGCUUGA